CUCCAGCCGUAACGCGGAAGUGUUAAGUCUACGUGGGGUAGUGAGGUUGGUCCGGAGUGAGUGUGUGUGAGAGAGAGGGAAAGUGUGUAUUAGAGUGUAUGUUUGUUUAGUGGGGUGUGUGUGUGUGUGUGAGAGAUGUUAUAAAUGAAGGGAGCGGAGGUAGUGCGGGUGGUUCGGGAACAGAUGGCGCGGAGACCCGGCAUGCUGUGCGCGGCUCUGCUGCUCACCUGCGCGCUCAUCCUGGCUCUCACACUCACCUGCAGUCGUGCUAAGAGUGUAGUGGCUCUGGCCCGUCCCCCGGUGCGGUUCCUGUCCCCCUCUGUCCCAGUGGUGGACCUGUAUCUGGGUCAGCAGGACCAGGUGGAGAAGCUCCUGGAGGUGUCUGAUGUGAGUGUGUUGUUCUACUACGCUCCAUGGUGCGCUCACUCCAUCACCACCAGGGAACACCUCCAGCAGGUGGCACUGCGCCUGGCUGAUCAGGUUCAGUUUGUGGCAGUGAACUGCUGGUGGCAUCAGGGAAAGUGCCGGAAACAGCAGGCCUUCUUCCAGUACCCGGUUCUACACCUGUACUACAGGAGGUUUGGUCCUAUUCAUUAUAAAGGUCCAUUAUUAGCUGAAUAUAUUGAGAGUUUCAUACGCAGAGUCUCCGCCCCCUUAACGUACCUGCCCUCUCGCUCCACCCUCCACAACUUCUUAUCUCAUCAUGAGCAGGGUGUGGUAGGCUUCUUUGACUUUAACUCAUCCCCACAGCCACCUGGUUAUCUCACCUUCCUGCUGUCUGCACUGCAUGUGCUCAGAAAAGAUCCUCAUGGGGUGGUGCGUUUCGGUGUUGUGACCAAUCAGGAGGUGGCAGCGGGGAUGUGGGUGACCGCGGGUCAGAGUGUGUACCUGCACCGCCGCUUCAACACCUCACUGGUGUUCCCCCACUCUGGGAGGAACUUCACCCCUGAGAACAUCUGUAACUGGGUGUUUGAGAACAGAGAGAGUGUCAUCACCUGGAUUCAGCUAAUAGGAGAGAAAAGCCAUGCUCUGGAGGCGGAGCUACAUAAAGGUCCAGCCCUGCUCGUGUUUCUCCCUCAGACUCCCCUUUCAACCAGUCAGGAGCUGUCUGAGGUGGUUGAUGUAGCGUUGCAUUAUCACUCGUGUCUAUCAGACAGUGUCUCCUCCUCCGUCUGGUCCCCGUCUGGCUCUGUCCUGCCUGAGCCGAGGUUCUGCAAGUCCCUGCACAAAUCCACCAAUGCUAACGCUAACUCUGAUGCUAAGGUGUGUGAAGUGUGUGUGAGGUCUGAGCGGGAUCUGGAGGUGGCGCUUGACUCGUUCCUGCGCAGAACCCCGCCCACAGCGUCGUCCGUCUGCAGUAACACACAGCGCAGCUACACCACACUCCAUCUUUACACCGCCUGCUGCAGGACCCUCAUUCACAGGCUCCACCCCCUGCAGGAGGGCGGGGUCACCGGACUGCACUGUCGGACCAAUAAAACACUGCGCUUUUAUGCUCUGGAUUCUCGAUUGACCUGGCCACUGGCACAGAGACUGGGAGCGAUGGGAAACCACAGUACACACACACACACCUUCACCACCAUCGUCAACCUGAGAGACGACACACACUACGUACUGCAGGACACAGGGAGAGAGGCACUGGAGCGGUUCAUCAUGAACUUCAGCGCCACCUACAGUCCACUCCACAGACACUUGGUGGGAGUCAGUGAAGCUCCGCCCACACAUUCCCUCAUCCAGGAAGUGACCACGCAGUCCUUCAGGGCCAUAGUGAUAGACACAGAGAGGGAUGUGCUGCUGUUCUACUACACAGGAUGGUGUGGGUUCUGUACGGUUCUUAACCACGUUCUUCUGCGCUUGGCCCGACUUUUCCAGGGAAACAGUGCCUUCAUAGUGGCCAGGGUGAACGUCGGUCUCAACGACCUGCCCUGGGAGUUCAUGGUGGAUCGACUACCUACCUUCCUGUUCUUCCCCAGACAGAGGAAGCAAAUGAGUGUGAAGUUUCCGGAGAACACCCGCAUCACGCUCCCCAAUCUAGUCCGCUUCAUCCUCAAUCAUUCUAGCCCCUCCCCCCAGGGAGAGGCGGGGCCCAAGGCACUUUUGAAGGCGGAGUUUCGCUCCCUGCAGGGGGAGGUGCUGUCUCUGCAGCGUGCCCGUGAGCGGCUGUCGCAGCAGCUGGCGGCUCUGUGGAGGGAGAACCGCCGCCUGGCGCUGCACACCCAGGAGCUGCAGUCCCACAAUGCCGAGCUGCAGGAGCAGAGCACGCGGCUGGAGACGCUGUACCAGGAGAAAAGCCGACAGCUCACCGAGGCCGUGAAGAAACUGCAGGAGCUCGCAGAUGCCUCUGAGGACCUGCUCAACGAGAACUCGCUGCUAAAGGUCCUGCUCACUGUCCUGAGGGAAAAGGGCAGUGGGGGCGGGGCAGGGGGGCAGGGGGUCCGGGAUGAGGACAGAUGGGACACGAUGCCUGGACUGGGUGAGGAGACAGAGGUCAGGAAGCAGGAUGUCUCCUGACAGCUGAGGGAUGAAGGGUGAUGAUUCUGGGAUCUUCUGCUGGAAGCAGUUGCCACUUUGUUAGCCACCGUGCAGCAACCUAGUCACACAGGCUGAUAAUAUUAAACCUAUAGGAAACACUGCCACCUGGUGGAGGAGUCAGGAACUUAACAUGUCUGAAGGUCCUGUCACCUUGUAGAGAUGCUCUGAGAUCUACGACAGUGAUGAGAUUGUUAAUAAGAAGGAAAGUGCUGCCAUCUAGUGGCAGAGAUAAUGAUUGUGUUUGAGAACAGAGAUCAGUUACAGCUGAUAAGAAAUUAGAAUCUACAUGAAGUGUAGGCUUCAGGAAUUAACCCUCUACUUCAUACAUUCUCUUCUUCUCUCUGUCUUUUCAUUUAUCUGCUUAUAUUCCAUUUGUAAUUUAUUUGACCUUUGACCUGUACACUUUAGUAUUUUUUUUUCUUUUCUCAGGGUAACACUGCACAGAAGGAGGCUAAAAAGAUGGCUUCAGUCGUAAUUAAUGGUGUAGAAACAAGCUGUCCUCUAGUGGUGACUUUAGGGAUUACAGUAAAGAGCAGUGUUAUUGUAGCUUCCUCGCUAACAGAUUAGCAAUGACAAGAGGAAGUAAUGAAGGCAGCCCAGCUGUUUUGUGAGCAGCAACUAAUGAAUGAAUGAUAAAACCUCUAAAUAGGAACACUGACAUCACAUUAGGGGUUAAUUCGUGGAGGUUCGAGGAGAUCUGCUUUUAAUUAGCACUCUGCCUGCUGGUUUUAAUGACCGGAUUAAACGACGCGCUCGUCUCUGAUGUGUCCUGAGAGUUUAUUAGUGUUUCUGUAUUUCGUCGUUUCGGUAUUUUUACUGGAUACAGCGCUCUAUUUUUACUCGAGUCCUCAGGUCUGUAGAGACGCAGCGUCUGUGUGGAGAGUUUUCGUGCAGGACGAUGAGCUGCGUCCUGUUUACAGAAGUAUUGUGUCCAGUUUUGUACCCAAUAAACAAUGAUUCAUUUCUU